CGCUUCAUGGUUUGGCUGCGGUGUUUUUGUCUCUGUCAGUGAGACUGCUGGCCUUAUCGACUGAGGGGACUGGUAGGGGGAUUUUUGGUGGCACCCAUAAGAGAGUCGCAGGAAACGAAAGAGGAGAGCGAGGAGGUCGGGGAAGAGAGACCAUCAUUGCAGCACAGAGAGAUUGGCUGGUGAAUGACAAUCAUGGCUCAGGUGCUUCAUAUGGACUCCAGUUUUCCUGGGAAGAUUAACCCCCCGGCGCCCCCCUCCUUGCAUGGAAAGGACCAAGAGGCUCCAUACUCAGUAGAGACCCCCUACGGCUACCGUCUGGACCUGGACUUCCUCAAGUAUGUCAAUGAUAUUGAGAAAGGCAACACUAUUAAGAAGGUUCCAGUGCAGAGGCGCCCACGUUACGGCUCACUCCCACGUGGUUACGGCUAUACGGGCUCCUGGUGGACCUCCACUGAGUCGCUGUGCUCUAACGCCAGUAUGGACAGCCGCCACUCGUCAUACUCCUACUGUGCGCCGGGCUUCCACAGCUCACAGAGGCCUAAUUUCAGUACGGCACGCGUGGAGAAGACCUUGUUGGAUGCUCGCCGCAAGCUGGAGGAGGAGAAGGAUGGCCGUCGUUUCUCGAACCUGGGCAGCAUGCACAGCAGUGUUGUCGGCUCCAACACCUCCCUGUCCAGUGCGCACAGCUUCAAUCGUGCCCAGGGAGGUGGAUCCUAUACUCCAAUCAGCUCCGGCUUGUCCACACCUGUUUCACCUACGCCCGCCCAUCUGCAGCACGUACGGGAGCAGAUGGCUGUCGCCCUGCGGAAGAUCCGGGAGCUGGAGGAGCAGGUAAAGACUAUCCCGGUGCUGCAAGUGAAGAUCUCCGUGCUUCAGGAAGAGAAGAGGCAGCUCAGUGUGCAGCUCAAGAGCCAGAAGUUCCUAGGCCACACGCUGGGGUUCAGUCGGAGCCGUCCAAGAGGAGAGCUUUACAUCGACAUACCCGAAGAGGAGGCAGGAAAUGGAGCAGGAGCCACGAACAGAGCAACAGGGAGUCUUUCACCUACCACUCCAGGCUCCCUCCAGGACUCAGGAUGUGAAAUCGAGGAGACGGUAAUUGUCGGUGGAGCUCGUCCAGGUGCAAAGCGGGAGGUGCGAACCGUCGGUGUGGGGCCUGAGGUGGAAGAUAGGGUUUAUCGUCAAGUGGGAGUAGGGGUGCGAGAGGAGGACUUGGGGCUUUUGCCUGAAACCGAAGCCCUCAAGACUAAGGUGGGGCUUUUAGAAGUUCAGCUGAGGAAAACGAUGCAGGAGCUACAGAGUGCUCAGCAGCAAGUCGAAGUGGCUCAGAGAGAGAGGCAGGCACUUUCCCCUCAGGUAGACCAUGCGGUGAGAGCGACCAGUCUCGGCUGGCAGGAGCAGCAGGGUCAGGCUGGUGCCGGCCUGCACACUGUUGUCAGUUUUACCCAGCAACCUCAUCAGCAGAGGACCGUGGGAAUCCAAGUGUACACGUUGGAGCAGCCCACAGUGGUGGGUGUGGGGAAGCUGCUAAGAGCCCAGAGUUGCAGUUCUCCUGCUCAGCCUGUGUCUGCACCGGAGGGGCCCCACAGAAGACAUGCAGAGUCCCCAGCAGCAGAGGAAUUACCACGUGAGUUUCCUAUUGCAAUAAGCUCUAAGCAGGUGCGGGAGGUCUUGAGAAGCGAAGUGUCCAAAUCAGUGCCAGUGACCAACCAGGCAACCGCUAUGGAGACAAAGUGCAGCCAAGUGGCUGCUGUCUGCCAACGGCUAAAAGAGGGAGAGAUUAACCAGCAACCAGCAGAAGAAGCCAUCCAAAUUGAUCCAUCAAAACCAGCCUCUCCUCAGUCCACACUGAGGUCAAUCAUGAAGAGAAAGGCUGAUGGGGAACCUGGCUCUCCAUCCACUAAAAAGAACCUGCAGUUCAUAGGAGUCAAUGGAGGGUACGAGUCGACGUCCUCUGAAGAGAGCAGCUCGGAAAGUUCAGAAGAUGAGAGUGAUGCAAGCGAAUACCACGAGGCUACAGAGAAACUGCCAGAAUCUGCGGCACAGCCGUCUCAGGUGACCUCCUGCAGCCUGCAGCCCAUCUCUCAGACAGCAGCUGCCCAAACACCCCAACACAGCACUGCCCAGCCACCAGCCAAUCACACUGCAGCACAGCAAAGCACCAGCCAAUCACAUACCACGGAUGCAGCUACCCAGCAACAGGUCACCCAGUCACCAGAAGCAGAGGCAGACAUAGAGCACCGUGUAAGCCAAUCGCCAGUGACCUCCACGGCUCAUCCGGAGGGUGUCGUUCAGUCCACAGAGGCCAAAUGCGCUUUUCAAGGGCAUACCUCUGAAAGCACUGCCGUUUCUCUUGAACAAAACUCUGUCCAGUUAUCAUCCACCAGCAUUGCAGUGCAGCAAUCCAAAGCCACUGAUUCAAAUGUCCAGCCAGAUGUGUCAGACCUCGCUGCUCAACAGACGACCACUCAGUCACAAUCCACCGGUGCUAAACCUCAGCAAGAUGUUAGCCAAUCAAAAACCGCUGACCUCACCUCCCAACAAGGAGCGACACAUUCACAAUCUACUGAUGCCUCAGCGAAACAGGACAUAGCCAUAUCCUCUGCUACGGAUACAGCAGCAGAUAUCCCCAGUAAUAAACAAGCAAGCAGACUGGAAUUGAGUGGCAGUCUCAUGACGGCUCUCCACACCUUGCAGAAGGCCCUCAGAGAGCCAAAUGCAUUUAGCCAUCAAGACGCGAGGACGGCCUACACCAGCGUGUUGCAGGAGUGGCUCAGAGUGUCCUGUCAUAAGGCUGCUGACACUGCAGUGGUCAAGGCAUACAUGGACACCUUUGCCUCCAUUUCCCCGCAGCUACUGGAGUUCGUCAUCAACAUGGCUGACGGCAAUGGAAACACAGCUCUGCACUACACUGUUUCUCACUCCAACUUCCCUGUAGUCAAACUACUGCUGGAUACUGGCCUCUGUAAUGCUGACAAGCAGAACAAGGCUGGUUACACAGCUAUCAUGUUGACAGCUCUGGCUGCCUUCAACUCUGACAGUGACCUUCAAACCGUCCUACAGCUGCUCCGCACAGGCGACGUUAAUGCCAAAGCCAGCCAGGCAGGGCAGACGGCAUUGAUGCUGGCGGUCAGUCAUGGCAGAGGGGACAUGGUGAAAGCUCUGCUGUCCUGUGGGGCUCAGGUGAACCUGCGUGAUGAUGACGGCUCCACAGCUCUCAUGUGUGCCUGUGAACACGGUCAUGUGGAUAUUGUGCGGCAGCUGCUGUCUGUGCCAGGCUGUGAUGCCACGCUCACUGAUAAUGAUGGCAGCACGGCUCUCUCCAUCGCACUGGAGGCCAGUCAGAAUGACAUUGCCGUGCUUCUUUAUGCGCACCUCAAUUUUGCUAAGCCGCCUUCCCCUGUGUCACCAAAGUCUCCUAUUCUGGGAUCUUCUCCUCCCUCCUCUGAACUGAAGUAAAUGCCAUGAAUUUGAUGUCUCCUCUUCCAGCAAAAGUUUCUCGUCCAUUCCACUGUCUGUGUGUGUGUGUGUGUGUGUGUGUGAGUUUUUGUGUGUUUGUGUACAGUAUGUGUACCUACAAUUUAGCAUGUACAACUUUUAUAGAUAUAAAAAUUGUGCACUCUUAAAAAGGAAAUUAGCACUUGACACCAUCGGCCCUUAUCUGUUGUUUUCUGUUCCUUUUGUAGCAGUUUCCACUGUAAGCAGAAAAGAGCUCAUUUAAAUGGAUGAGAUUCUCAAAUAAGAAUAACAACUAGCGUGUAAUAGCAAUAUCAUUUAUCUAGCUGUCCGUUUGUUGACAUGAAACAAGUGUCACCAUAUACAGUCAAAUUAUAUAAGUGCAUUUACUUUUAACUUCCCAGCAAUAUUUAACAAUCAUCCAGUCAUAGUCACACAGCAACUGGUUACAUUUAUAAGAGAAUUGUGUAAACAACUAAAAAAUGUUUAUCUUGAUCAAGUGUCCUUUCACUGUUUUUACUAUUCUCAGUAAAUACGAAAAACACAUUCUGAGUUUCCACACCAGCUGUUUUCAGCACAAUGUUUGAUAGCUUUUACAUGGUGAUUUUCAAUAUGUGAUUAUACAGUGCAGUUGUCUCACCCUACAACGGGAAACAUAACGCUCCACUUACUUCUCUAGGAGAUUUUUAAUACUCUCUUUUACAGGUAAUACACUUUUUUUUACUGAAGGAAUUCACGUUGUGAGAUGUCAUCCUGUUUUAGAUAUUGAUUAUAUUCAAUUUGUGGGCUUUGUUUAAAUCAUCUGGCUGUACAUGUUCCUAUUAGGUGAACGUGAUUUCAACAUCUUUGUUGAUCCUGGAACAACAUUCCAAUCAACCAAUCAGAUUUACAGUUUAUGUCAAGUUUAGGCUAAGGGUUAGGGGCUUUGACACCAUUCUUAUUCACCUAUCAUUUCCCUCUGAUUUUAGGGAUAACGUAUAGGUUUAGGGGUAGAGAUAGGGUUAGGACUAUGUUUUUGGACAGGAAUGUUCCAGGAUCAACAAAAGAUGUUGAUCCAGGAACAUGUCUGUCUUGGCAAAAUCACAGCGACUGUUCUCAUUACCACCCUAGAUUUGUUCACAGCUGAUGCUGCAGUAUUAUGUUCUAUUGAGAUUGUACUUUGUUUACUCUGAUUUGUGGAGGACUGCAUGGUUUUGUCAUUUUGUUAAUGUAAAAAUUUGUAUUGAAGGUUUAUUGAACAAGGGCUCUCCAAAAACAAUAUAGAUGAACAUAAAAUCAUGUUUUCCAGAGCUAAUACCUUUUUUAAGUUUUCUUGCAAAUGACCAGUUGCAAUGAUACAUAGCCAGUGAUGGAAAUAUGAAGGUACGCAAGUUUAGUGGAUGAGACCAGAUGUUGUGCACAUAUAUGCACAUAUAUUGGUUCUGGCACGUGUUCACUGAGCACAGAUUGAUUUUGUUUUCUUUUGCUCAGUCACUGAUGCUUAUAGGGUCCAGAAUGAUGGGGGGAGGCUCAGUAUUGUCUACAACGAAUGUAAGAUGUUUUCCAAAAUGAAAAUAAUAUAUAUCGUCUCCAAAGUUUUAGUGCAAAGACUAUAGAAUUAAGCUUUUUUUAACCACACAAGUUGUUGGAUUUUAAUAUUUUAAAUGGAAGAGCUUUGUUUAAUUUGAAAGAUAGAUUGAACCUUUUGGUUUACCCACACAUGCUUUCUUAUAACUAGUUUAGUACCUAAUUAGUUUUAUACUCUUUUGUAUUUGUUUUAUUUAACACUCUUUGAAUAUCUUUAAAAAUUUGUAAUAUCUGUUCACAGCUUUGUAUAUCUUUUGGCACAUUUGCCGGCCAUGUACCUUUAUGUAAAGUGCUCACAUUUAAAUUUGUUUGUUUGUUUCCCUAGUUUUUGGAAAAAAUAAAUUUAGAUAGAAGGA